GGAGCUUCAGAGGAUACAGUGGGGUAGAAAAGCAUCGUAGGCUGGUGUGUGCAGAGUAAGUCUGUGCAGCGCAGGGAGGAGAAGGCAGAAGGGACCAGACAGCCAAUCUUGUGAGAAAUCCUGAAGAUGGCCAAAGACGAUUCCACUGUUCGUUGCUUCCAGGGCCUGUUGAUUUUUGGACACGUGAUUGUUGGUAUGUGUGGUAUCGCCCUGACAGCCGAGUGUAUCUUCUUUGUAUCUGACCAACACAGUCUUUACCCACUUCUGGAAGCCACCAACAAUGAUGAUAUCUUUGGGGCAGCUUGGAUAGGCAUGUUCGUGGGCAUCUGCCUCUUCUGCUUGUCCGUUCUAGCCAUAGUAGGAAUUAUGAAGUCCAACAGGAAAAUCCUCUUGGCGUACUUCAUCCUGAUGUUUAUAGUGUAUGGUUUUGAAGUGGCAUCUUGCAUCACAGCAGCAACACAACGCGACUUUUUCACAACCAACCUCUUCCUGAAGCAGAUGCUGGUGAGGUAUCAAAACAACAGCCCCCCAACCAACGAUGACGAAUGGAAGAACAACGGUGUCACCAAGACCUGGGAUAGGCUCAUGCUGCAGGACCACUGCUGUGGUGUAAAUGGUCCAUCAGACUGGCAGAAAUACACCUCUGCCUUCCGGGUGGAGAAUAACGAUGCUGACUACCCCUGGCCUCGGCAGUGCUGUGUCAUGAACAAGCUUAAAGAGCCCCUCAACCUGGAUGCUUGCAAGCUCGGAGUGCCUGGUUACUACCACCGUCAGGGCUGCUAUGAACUGAUCUCUGGACCAAUGGACCGGCAUGCCUGGGGAGUUGCCUGGUUUGGAUUUGCCAUCCUCUGCUGGACCUUUUGGGUUCUCCUGGGCACCAUGUUCUACUGGAGCAGAAUUGAAUAUUAAGCACACAGUGUCUCCGCCAUACCUCCCUCCCUGGGUGACUCUGAAUUUGGUGCUGGAACCUGCUGUUUUGUGACACACCCUCUGUGUGCUCCAACGUGAUGAUGCGUGCUUGUCUCUCUCAAAUGCCAGUUCUUCCUUUAGGCUCUCAAGAUGCUGCAAUCCUUAGCAGAAAUAUUUCUCAUCCUUGCCUAAGAUUCCACAACAUAUUUAUAUACUAUAAGACAAAGUAUACUAUAUAUGUACUGUAUGUACUUAUGUGUACUAUAUAAAAUGGAGCAUUACAUGUACUAUAUAAGAUAGAACAUUUGGAGAGUGGAGAUGACUCUCAUUCCUGUCUAUGUUUAAUGUGGAAGCACAAUGAUAUUCAAAGCAACCUGCCUCACCAUUCUUGGUAAGCUCUGUCUGUAUUGAGUAGCAAAUUCAAGAAACAGAGAGCCCGUCUCUCUCCCUAUUUCCAACCUUGCGAGACUUUGGUUUGUCACUGUGUAGGCUGGCGAGGGGGGUUGCACUGUGAAGGAGGAGGAAAUUGCAGAGUUGUGCCUUCUCCUGCCUCUGGUUUUGUUGUGACUUCUGUCUGCGGUGUUCCUGACACCUUUGGAUACUUUUAGUGUUCAGGACAACCCUUGAUUUUUCACUUAACAAAGUGUUCAGACUUCCUCUCAUGCCCUGUGGGGUGAUGAGCACUUAUCACUAACUCAUUGAGUGUAUGUAAACUUUGGGGGCAUCGACCGCGCCCAUUUUACAUCAGCUCAGUCUUUGCCCUCAAAGGUUUCAACCUGAAACCCUUCUCAAACCGCGGGAUCCAUGCCAGCUACUCGAACAGGUGAUUUAUAGGGACUUUUGUUUGCUGUCAAAAUAGUUUGCUCACAUUAACAAUCCCGAAAGGAAGUCCUGACCAGUCAUCAUUUGUUUGCUUAUCCAUAAAUAAAGAAGCCCAUAAAAUACA